UGGGAAAUCAUAAGGCUCUGAUCACUCAGCAUUCUUUGGUUGUCCUCCUGAUACUGACUCAUUCUGAGUGAAAUCAGCACGGACAUCCGACCAUGGCAUGGGGGUUGGGAUUGCCCAAGUCCUCAGGAGAGGGGAGAAUUAGGACUUGAGACCAGUCAGGCACAUCUGGAUCUGUUCCCCCAGCGUAUUCUCUUCUGGAUGGAAAGGAAUUAGGGAUGGGGAAAUUUAAAUUAUUCAGCUCUGGACCUGGGUUCCCUCUAGGUUCACUAGCAAGUCUUAAAACACAUAGGUAUAAACCUGUGUUCCUGAGAGUCUACUGUAUGUAACCCAGCCAGAAACAAUCUAGAUCCUGUGUAUUGUCCUUUCAGUUCCAAGGACCCUCUUUUCCUCUUCCUCCACAUCUGUGUAUGGAAGAGUAUGGAGUUUGGGAAUGUGACCUAGGGACUGAACUAGACUCAUCUGUCACAUGCCUGGGUAUUGGGGGAAGUAUAUGGAGGAGCUCAUGACUGGACCUGAGGUGGGGAUUUCAGUAAUUGAGAUGGAUAAUGUGCAUCAGGCAUCUUACCAUCAAAGUUUUAGCAAAAAAGAAGUCAUGUGUGAGUCACAUGGCAUUGAUUCAUGUGCUGUCAUAAAUUACCAAAAAUAUGGUUUUUGGUUACUUUUAAAACCGGUUUCAUCUGGAUUUUCUGGGCAUAUCCUUAGCAAAUUUAGGCUGGAAGAGCUAGCUGCGCCUGUGUGUGGAAGAAAUGACAACGGUUAGCCAACAAGCUUAUAAAAUACAAAUAAUUUCGGGGCCUGUGAUUUCCCUUAUUUGCAUACGGUCUUCUAGCCUUUUGUGUUCCCUCAUCUCUGAUGUGAGUGUCAAAUUCAAAAGCAAGUUUCAAAGUUGGGGAGAUGGGUAACAGGAAAAAAUAUAAUACCCCAGUAUAAUAUGUGAUAAGAAUGGGAGAGACCAGGACUGUGUCCUCUAGCCACCAAGCCCCAACUUGAGUAACGUGUAUUGAGGUCUAUUUUUGUCUUCCCUGGAAGACAGAUCACCCUGGCUCACACUCUCCUGCAGGCACACAGAACCUGCACAUUCACCGCCUCCUUCCCUCCUCCCUAAUCCCCCUUCUUAGCAUUUGUAUCUCCGCCUCCCUUCCCUGUCCAAAUUUUCCAGCCAGCAGCUGGGGCUGACUUCCGCAAUUCUGAUGGAAUAAAUCCAGCACUCCUAGUCGCUGGCAUUAUCCACACUCCCCUGCGGAACGGAGCCCAGAGAGCAGAUCCCCAGCAGCAGGAUGUGGGGGCUCAAGGUUCUGCUGUUGCUGCCGGUGAGCUUUGCUCUAUACCCUGAGGAGAUACUGGACACCCAGUGGGAGCAAUGGAAGAAGACCUACAGGAAGCAGUAUAACAGCAAGGUGGAUGAAAUCUCUCGGCGUUUAAUUUGGGAAAAAAACCUGAAGCAUAUUUCCAUCCAUAAUCUUGAGGCCUCUCUUGGAGUCCAUACAUAUGAACUGGCCAUGAACCACUUGGGGGACAUGACCAGUGAGGAGGUGGUUCAGAAGAUGACUGGACUCAAAGUGCCCCCCUCUCAUUCCCGAAGUAAUGACACCCGCUAUGUCCCUGACUGGGAAGGCAAAGUCCCGGACUCCAUUGAUUAUCGAAAGAAGGGAUAUGUUACUCCCGUCAAAAAUCAGGGUCAGUGUGGUUCCUGUUGGGCUUUUAGCUCCGUGGGUGCCCUGGAGGGCCAGCUGAAGAAGAAAACUGGUAAACUCUUAAAUCUGAGUCCCCAGAACCUCGUGGACUGUGUGUCUGAGAAUGAUGGCUGCGGAGGGGGCUACAUGACCAAUGCCUUCCACUACGUGCAGAAGAACCGGGGCAUUGACUCUGAGGAUGCCUACCCAUACGUGGGACAGGAUGAAAGUUGUAUGUACAACCCAACAGGCAAGGCAGCUAAGUGCAGAGGCUACAAAGAGAUCCCUGAGGGGAAUGAGAAAGCCCUGAAGAGGGCAGUGGCCCGAGUGGGACCCAUCUCCGUGGCCAUCGACGCAAGCCUGACCUCCUUUCAGUUUUACAGCAAAGGUGUGUACUAUGAUGAAAACUGCAAUAGCGACAACCUGAACCACGCGGUUCUGGCAGUGGGAUAUGGGAUCCAGAAAGGAAAAAAGCACUGGAUAAUUAAGAACAGCUGGGGAGAAGAGUGGGGAAACAAAGGCUACAUCUUAAUGGCUCGGAAUAAGAACAACGCUUGUGGCAUUGCCAACCUGGCCAGCUUCCCCAAGAUGUGACUUCAGCCAGCCAACCCCAUCCUGCUCUCCCGUUCCUUCCGUGAUGGUGCAGCGAAGUGAUGUACUCUGGAAGGGAGUUGGUGUGCCCUUCUUGAAGCAGAUGUAGUGCUACAGAGAUUGUCUGUUCAGUCUCCCCAUUUGUUUGUGCUUCAGGGGACACUCCUAGACUGCUUUCCUUCUCUCCACCCAAGGCCUUUAUUUUACAUUGUGGCCACAGUAGGACUUUCCCUAACAGGUGUGCAUCCUUAGACUGAGAGAUGUGACCACAGCCUGCCCUGGCUUUGUUGUCCUGGGGCUGCUGCUGUGCAGACAGGUAGACAAAAGAGAUCAUCAGGCCAGAUGCUCACUCACAGGGCCCAGGUGGCUUUGCCCGCCCUGGGGGACUAAGGUGAUCUGACUUGUCGAUCUAGAAGUUCACUUCUUUUAUAUCCCAAGGUAGAAAUAGCUAUGUUUUACACCUUGAUUCAUAAAUCUGUUCAUCAGAUUUUGGUGCAAGUUAACACGAUACAGGAAAUGUGUUUCCUUUUUCUUUCUUUGCAUAUUUAAAGUGAACCCAGUAUUUAUCUUUUGUCUAUAACUUAAUAAAUAGCUGUUUUGUAACCACUCAUUUUGUAUCAGAUACUGUGCUCAGUGCUGGAGACAAAAAGGUGAAUAAAACGUAUCCAUUAACUUGU